AUGAGUGACUCUGAGGCUGAGACUGCCUCAAUGGAGACUACCAGGAUGUACAAAGACGACCUCGAAUUAUCUCGCAUGUCUUUAUAUCUUAGUUCUCAAGAUCUGAUAAAUAAUUCUCCGGAAGCUGCUCGUCACAUAAGGCCGGAGAGCAUAACAUUUGAUUCGACGCCAGGUGAUAUAUCUGUGGAUUUUGUGCUUGUUUCAUCAUCCAAAGCCAAAGCACCAGUGGACAUAGAUGGUUGGAACCGUAGAUCUGCUUUUGAGGAAAGAAUUAAAGAACAAGGAUUACUUCUUGAAGAAGAUGUUGUUGGUGGGUUGACAUUUGUCAAAGUGCAUGCACCUAUACCAGUGUUACGUAGAUAUUGUGAAAUAUUAAAACUGCGAAUGCCCAUGAAAGAGUAUCCAAUGACUGAACAUAUUCCCGAAAAGGGUUUUGAUCUAAUAGAGAAGAUAAAAAAAAUUGUUGGUCGCAUUAUAAGAGUUUUUAUCACUAUUGAUCCUGGACCAUUUGCACCAGCUAAGUACAUUCUGACAGCAGAGUAUUCAAGGGAAAAAAGUUAUUUAUUUAAUGAGGAUGAUCCAGAAUUCUUUUCUGCUGAAGUUCGAACAUUAGUUAUAGAUUUCAUUUUAAACAGAGUUAGCUGGGGAAAGGAUCAAUCAGAUGUCAAUUGUGUCGGAAUUCAGUGUCUUUUAGAUGGAGGUGUUUAUAGAGCUGCUUAUCCUUUGCAUGAUGGAGAGCAUACUACUGAAAAUUCACUACGCCAUCAGCUGUAUGUCGAAUGGGCUAUGAUGAGUAAAUGGAUUCGUAAACAGCCAAUUGAUCAGAUUAAAGAGUAUCUAGGUGUGAAAUACGCAUUUUACUUCACAUGGUUAGGAUUCUACACACAUCUGUUGAUUCCAGCUGCUAUUUUGGGUUUAAUUGUAUUUUUUUAUGGUAUCUUCACCUUUCCUAAUAACAGAUUUAGUUCUGAUAUUUGUAAUGACAAAGACACAAUAAUGUGCCCAUUGUGUGACCGUACAUGUGAUUAUUGGGAACUUUCAAACACUUGUUUUUACGCGAGGUUAACAUAUUUAUUUGAUAAUGAUCUGACUGUGAUAUUUGCCUUCCUGAUGUCUAUUUGGGCUACUCUAUUUCUUGAACUGUGGAAACGAUAUUCAGCUACCAUUACACAUCGCUGGGGAUUGACAGGAUUCACUUUUGAAGCUGAACAUCCAAGGCCACAAUACUUGGCACGUUUAGCUGGAUCUAAUCAUACCAAAGUGAACAUAGUCACAGGGAAUAUCGAACCAACCGUGCCUCUCUGGAAGAAAAUUCCUGCAACAUUAUUUAGCAUUUCCGUUCUUUUACUAUUAAUUAUGGUUGCCAUUGCUGCCGUGUUUGGAGUUGUUCUGUAUCGCAUGUCUGUUUUAGCAUCACUUAGUCUUACAAAUCAAUCAGAUUGGAUGAGUACAUAUAGUAAUAUAUUUAUUCCAACUACAGCUGCUAUCAUCAAUUUGGUUUGCAUUCAAUUAUUAAAUUUUGUUUAUGAUAAAGUUGCUAUUUAUCUGACUGAAAUGGAACUACUCCGCACACAAACCGAAUUUGACGAAUCGUUGACAAUAAAAAUUUACCUCUUCCAAUUUGUAAAUUAUUAUACAUCAAUAAUUUAUAUAGCUUUUUUGAAAGGCAAAAAUGUUGGUUAUCCUGCUAAAUAUUUGCGUAUAUUCAAUCUUCGUCAAGAAGAAUGUAGUCCAGGUGGAUGUCUCAUGGAAUUAAGCAUCCAAUUGUUCAUUAUAAUGGUCGGGCAACAAGCAUUAAAUACUGUUGUUGAAAUGAUAAUUCCUGUGGGUUUAAAUUGGUUCAAUUCAUUGACUGAGAACACAGGCCGCUUAGAUAAUUUAAAAUCAUCAUCCGAAGAAGAAGAUUUGGCUACAGCUGUUAAGAAACCUUGGAUUGAAGAUUACAAACUUUUGGAUUGGGGACCAAGAGGACUCUUCCCAGAAUAUUUGGAAAUGGUUAUGCAAUAUGGUUUUGUAACAUUAUUUGUUACUGCAUUUCCACUGGGUCCAUUCUUUGCAUUGUUAAACAAUGUAUUUGAAAUGAGAUUAGAUGCAAAAAAGUUUAUGAAGUAUUUCCGUCGACCAAUUCCUCAUAGAGUGCCUAAUAUUGGUGUUUGGUAUCGAGUAUUAGAUAUUUUGGGAAAGUUAGCAGUUAUCACAAAUGCUUUCAUAAUAGCGUUUUCUUCCAAUUACAUACCUCGUAUGGUGUACAUAAGUUUGGUUAGUGAAGACAACACAGACAAGGGUUUCUUGAACAAUACUUUAGCUUACUUUGAUACCAAAGACUUUGAAAGUGGUAUCGCUCCGUUGUCAUCCUCAUAUACUAAUGUUACUUAUUGCCGCUAUAAAGACUACAGAAAUCCACCAUGGUCGCCACAAAAGUAUGAAAGACCCACAUUUUAUUAUGAAGUGCUCGUUGCACGCCUCACAUUCAUUGUUAUAUUUCAAAAUAUUGUAUCAUUAGUGAAAGUAGCCGUGCAAUGGUUGAUACCAGAUGUUCCAAAUGCCCUCAGCGACAGGAUUAAACGAGAAUCGUACCUUACUACUCAAAUGAUCAUUAAGAAUGAGGCGAAAAAAGCAGCAGAAGUUGAACACAUGGAUGGUAUGUUGCACGGCGUCAAUUCACCACAAAGCUUAUAA